AUUUAAUAAUUCUCAAAUCUAAAACAAAAUGUUCUAAUUGUCCGUUAGUUGUGGAGACAAACGAAAGGCUGUUAAAAAAAAUUGGGCUAUUGCAUGCAAAGUGUGGCCAAACUGGCAAUAGUAGUAGUCAGAUCAUUUUUGUCGUAAAUUAGGAUAUUUGUAAUUCUACUCCACGGUCACGCUGGUGUCUGCGCUUGCGCUUUUUUGUUGGCUUGUUUUGAACGUUGUGUUUGAUUUUUUAUCACCUCCAAUAAGUGUUUUUACUAAAUGUUUGUGCAUGUUAUCAGUGUUUAUUGCGUAUAUUGUAAAUAAAGUAUGUCGGUAAAAAUAGAUAAUGGUAAAAUAGAAACAAAUGUCAGAUUGCGUCAUAAAGUGCUCGCCGAUCCCGAACGGGUUCGAAAAGAUCUUGAGCAUCAGCGUCGCAUAACUCGUUUGCAGCAGGUGCGCGAGAAAUCGAAUGAUAUAGCGCGACACAUACGCCAAGAGACUGCAGCCGAAAAGACGCGGCAAGUACAAAAACUGGAAAGCGUCAAGCAAAAAGAAUUGAAUGUGUGGCGCGAGCAUGUUAUGGCCAAAAAACACCAGGACUACCGCACCGCAGUAUUUCAAGUGGGCGCCGCCCAUCGAGCCGCCCUUGUGGAAAUCGAGAAAAGUGAACAGCAAAAGCAGCAGCAAAACGAACGCAUGAAAAAGUGUCGUCGCCUUGCGGCCACAAAUCGUGUGAAACACACGCCAGCAAAUGUGCAACGUUCCACAGGAGGCAGGGACCUCAAUGUGGAAGGGCGUGCCACUGCAGGCACACAGACACCAGUGCAAAAGACAACGGAGGGCAAAGAGAAUAAAAAAUGUUGCAAGUCAUGGAAAUGUCCUGGGAAAAACAAGUGUCAGGAUGCCGCUGAAUUCUCCGAUUGCAGCUGGGAUAAUGAGCAGCUUGAGGCAGCGCAACGCAUUGAAUGUGCCCCAAGUAACAGCAGCAGCGGGCGGCAACUGCAAAAGACGCCGCCCAUCAUUCUCGAUGUAGACAUAGAAAGUGAAGAUUCUCUGGAGAUUUGCACACGUAAUGGCAUUGAGAUUAACGAUCGGCACAUGCAAACCAAUCGUCAAUUCAGUCGUGUUGUGCGCUCCAGUCCUAGCAGCAGUCCAGUUCGCCAAACUAAGAAAUGUGUUUCGCGUCCGCGCUUCACGCAAAUCUCAGAUUUGGUGCAUCGCAACACGAUGGACGAGCCACCUACAACGACGACCACCAGUCCGACACGUUCUGUGCAGCGUGUAAUAACAACUGAAACGAACACUACGUCGCCCAAAAGAACUUCAUCUCCACCAGCAGUAGUAACUUCACCCAAACAGGCGCCUGUCCAAAAGCGCUCUUCGCUAAGAAACCCAGUCAAGCAGGCGCCUCCAGCGAAAGUCAUCGAUGCGGGCAUCAAACGCAGCUCAGCUGUGCAAACCGUGCAACAGCAGCCGCCCGUCGAGCUGUCGCGUUUGCAGUCACAGCCGCCUCUACAGGACCAAGCCACGCAAGUACCUCAGCAGCAAAUACAACCUCAUCAACAGCCGCAGCUGCCCAUCCAGCCUAUUCCCAUGCAACCCAUGCCACCAUAUAUGCCACAACCCAUGCCACCACAUGCUGUUUAUGGUCCGCCCAUGAUGCCUGGCUAUGCGGCUCCCAUGAUGCCUUACGCCUAUCCCAUGCAUCCGUAUCCAACAACAAGCAACUAUGUUGCACCACAACCUACUCAGCAAGCCUCCAGCAAUAGCGCCACUGUGGUUCCACCACUCCCACGCACCACAACCACCACCACGACACGUUCAAGUGUCUCUACUAGCAGCUAUGUAGUGCGUCAGAAACCUGGUGCGGAGACCAACACAUCGGGCCGUGUGCAGUUCUAUGAUCACAAUAACAAGUACACCCGCAACUAUAAGGCGCCGGAGGAGUCGGUGCAAGUAAAUGUGCCCGAUGCAUCACAUCUCAAUGCAAUGGACCAUGCACGCAUUGAGACACAGCUCAGUAAACUGCGUGAGCAGGAGCUCGACAAGCUACGCAAAGUCACUGAACAGCGUGGACAGAAAGCGUUGCAGCGGGAGCAAGUACGUCGAGAUUGCGCCGAAUUAACAGAGAAAUUGGACGCGCUUUCGCAGCAACAACCUCAGUUGCUUCCUAGUGAUGCAAACUUUGUGGCUGGUCAUCGCUAUGCGGACUUGGCUUCGCGUAGAGAGCAAAAGAUGAACGAGGUUAUGGAACAGAUGCUGCUGCGGCCGGCGAUUGUAACCUGUCCCGAGGUGCGGCCAUCCAGCAAUCACAAUUCCCCAAGAAAGUGUCAUCACACAAAAUCAAAUGCGCCAUAUGCCAUCAAUGUUGGCGAUCCGCCACUAGGCAAGGGCGAUGAUGCAGUGGACACUGCCAGCUGCUGCUCCUUACUGCUCGACUACGUGGAUGAUCAGAGCAAGCAGCUACGUACCGAGCUGAAAGGCAUUCACAGUAAGUCUGCAAAGUCGAUGAAAUUGCGUAAUUUGCUGCAACGAAUUGACAAGAUUCGUGGACAGUUGCUGAACGAAUUGAAAGCUGGGGACAUGAGUGGCGAUAAUGCGCAAAAGGUUAUUGAUUCGAUACGCCAAGAACGUGCUAAUUUGAAUAUCGACAUGACACACAAUCUUGACGAACGCGAGAUGGAAUUGCAGAAAAAGGAAGCAAUUCUUGAGCAGCGCUUACGACAAUUGUACCGACAACAGCAGAGGCUGGCCGACCAAAAAGAGCGACAGGUAAAGGACAGCGAUGAAGGCACACAUGAAAUCAUAAUUAAGGUACGCAGCGAUGGAACAGUUAAGCAAUGCGUACCUAAGGGCAAAUCCCAUAGGAAAGCAAGAACCACAGAACCCAGCAAACCAACUACUUCGUCUUCAACUGGAAGCAGCACAUUGUCGACUGAAAAAAAACAGGCGGAAGUGACAUUGAAUCAACGCCAGAACUCCAUUGAUUCAAAUUCUACAGCGUAUCGUGAGUUGCCUCCCGUUAACUAUGAGAAUAUUAGAGCAGCUGUUGCUGCUACUGCACCUCCUCCGACUCCAACUGUAGCCACAAGUCAAGCUGAGCCCUUGAAUCCCAUUAUUGCACAUUAUGUGCAACGUUUACUGACCAUGUCGCAAAGUGCAAUCAAUCAGCUGGGCGUAAGCAGUUCGGAUGUAUCGACGCCUGCUGAUUCUAUAGUCAAUCAGCCAGGUAAUAUAAGCUCUGGUCCGACGGCAGACGAUACAUUAAUUAAUUCACAGCGUAUGGAACGUGUCCAAGCUUUUAUCCAGGAGAAUCGCAGUUUCAUUAACGAACUGGAGGACACGCUGCAACGGGAACAAGAGCAGCAGCAGCAAAGACAACAACAAAUUCCAGAUCAACACACAAGUGAAGUCUUUGAUGAAAUCUGGAUGAAGCGUUUAGCCAGCAAGAUGCAACUUCAGCAGCAACAUAAGCAAAAGAAUCUGGAGCAUCAAGCGCCACAAUCGCAAUCACAGCCAGAGAAAGAUCAAACUCAAACCAGCCAAAGAGGCCAUACUAGACGCUCAGUGACCAUUGCAACCGAUACUGAAAGUGCUGCCAGAUCUUUGGCUCAAUUACUAUCAAGUCAGAUGAAGAGCAAACAGAUGGCCAUCAAUGAGUUAAGAACUACCUCAAGAACCUCAGAGAUACAAACGCAAAAACAAUCCCAAACACAGACGCAAUCAAAGCUUCAGUCUCAGACGACAUCGAAGACGCAGUCGCAAGUCAUCAACGAGGUGAGCAGCAGCAGUGACAAAUCUGCAGCACGUCAUGUUGAACGCUAUGCCAAACUCACCGAAAACUGUACACAGCGCAUAGCCGAGCUAACCGAGCUGAUAACCAAGGUGCGUGGCGAGAAGAAUCGACUGGUAGAGGUAACUCUGACCUCGGCUAGCGAGGCAGAGCGUCACUCCACCGAGUAUUUCGAUUUGCCACCGCUGCACGAAAAUGGACAGAAACAGCUAGAACAAGGUGGUUCUCGCACUAUGUCCGAAGGUAGCGAUGCCACACAAUCCAACUCUGAAGCGCUGCCGUUGCCCCUGCAGAAGCACAAGUCAACGGGCGCCAGUCUGGACAGUGGCAUUUCUGUAUCGCGGCCCAUGACUGCCUUAGGACAACAGGAGCUGCCCGAAGCAGAGCCCUUGUCAUUGGGUUCAUCCAGCCAACCAGGCACGCAUCGUCGUGGCAAGGCGCCGCCAGCCACAAUACGUCGUUACAGUCCACAGCUGGCGGCCGAGGAAAUGGCGCAUGAGUUGUCCACCAUUACUGAAAUUGAUACGCCAGCGCAGUCGCAUAUUGUUGCUGCCCAGGUUGAGCCAAUACCCUUUCCCACCUUUGAGCAGUAUGCACGCGAACUGAAUGUGGAUGUCUCUCAAUUGGAUUUCAAUCAAAGUGUGCGCUUACAGCAUGAAUUCGAUGAGCUCAUCAAGAGUAUUAGGGAAGCCGGUGUGCGCCUAGAUUACCGUGAGUUUCCCAGCAUCAGGGAGUAUCUACAUGAAACUUCCUCUACUCAACUGCGUAUUCGUACAGGGAGAACUUCAAUGGAACCAGCACCAUCGUUGACAGCUUCGCAGAUGAUGAAGGAGAUGCGUCUGAGUCAUGUCAGCGUUCGUGAAUUUACUCCACGACACGAAUAUAUGGAAAGGCUAAUGGCAAGACUGCCGCCGGAAGAACGCGACAUGAUUGAUAGCGCCAGCUUGGAUAGCACCGAUUCAUUCAACGUUGAAGCGGAGUUGCGUCAACGACACUUAUUGAAGGCCUCGUUCAAGCGAGGUCCGCCCAGCGAUGUGGACGUGGCUAGCAGCACGCGACGUGAAAGUGUUCCACCCAAUGCCAGUGCAACUGCACCUGAUGAGAGCGGCAUCGAACACUUGUCGCAUUCGCUGCAUGAGCAAGCGCGCCAGCAGCGUCCAGCUCCAAGUGAACAGCAGAAUCACAGCAGGCAAUAUUCUGGCAUGCAUCAACGAAGCCUGCAACAUCCAGAUAUAGAGCAGCCUAGCAUUCAACACGUAGGAAUACUUAAUCCGAGCAUGCAUCAACGAAAACAAGAACGACAGUUGCACUCCAACAGCAGCUCAUCCGAGUCGGAAAGACAACCACGAAGAGCAGGGACAUCUUUUCACAGAUCCAGUGAAAACUUGUCCCAAGAUCCGCCACAAGAAGUCAGUCAAAUGGGACGUUCGCUCAAUUUGCGAGACUUUCUUACCAAGGAACUUCUCAAGCACGGACGCGGCAGACGGAUGGUCAGUGGCUCCGACGGCACCGACGAUUCACUGAAAGGCCAAUUUCUGCAGUCGGUCAUUGAUUCGUUAUCAGGUUCAACUUCACCUGCAACUCCAGGUGGCCACACACAUGUCACAAAUGCAACCAAUGACAGGCAAAAGACGUCCACACCAGUAGGCUCCUUUACUACCGGUUAUGAGGCUGGUGCCACGUUGCACAGCUCGGACUCGCAGCUCUUCUCGAUGGACAGUCACAUCUCGGCGGUUAAUUAUGCCGAUGGAACGCCACCAAUUCCAUAUGAGUCACAGAGUAUGCGAGCUGAUCGGGGAUCAGCGAGUCGUAAUGCAAAAACCGCACAUAAAUGAUCCGAAAUUCUUCAGAAAAUUAUUUAUAUUACCUUUUAAUCUGAUUAUAUAUUGAAAACAAAAGUGACGAAUGCAAUGUAAUUAUCAAUUAUU